UUCAGAACCCGGAAGUGCGAGGCCGAGGAGAGCCACGUGGGUCGAGCUGGGGCGCAGCUCGCAUGGGGGAGUCUAUCCCGCUGGCCGCCCCGGUCCCGGUGGAACAGGCGGUGCUGGAGACGUUCUUCUCUCACCUGGGUAUCUUCUCUUACGACAAGGCUAAGGACAAUGUGGAGAAGGAACGAGAGGCCAACAAGAGCGCGGGGGGCAGCUGGCUGUCGCUGCUGGCGGCCUUGGCGCACCUGGCCGCGGCCGAGAAGGUCUAUCACAGCCUCACCUACCUGGGGCAGAAACUAGGGGGCCAGUCUUUCUUUAGCAGGAAGGAUUCCAUCCGCACCAUCUAUACUUCGUUGCAUAACGAGCUGAAGAAGGUGGUGACUGGCCGUGGUGCCCUGGGUGGGACUGCUCCUCACGUGGAAGAACUCCUUUCCCACCUGUCAGAGCAGCUCUGCUUCUUUGUUCAGGCUCGGAUGGAGAUUGCAGACUUCUAUGAGAAGAUGUACACCCUCAGCACACAGAAGUUCAUCAAUGCUGAAGAGCUCGUUGGCCUUUUGGAUGCCAUCCUGAAAAAAUACAGCUCCAGAUUUCACCACCCAAUCCUCAGUCCUUUGGAAAGCAGUUUCCAGCUGGAAGUUGAUGUCCUGUGUCAUCUCCUGAAAGCCCAGGCCCAGGUCUCAGAGUGGAAGUUCCUCCCGUCUCUGGUUAAUUUACACAGUGCGCACACCAAACUGCAGACCUGGGGCCAGAUCUUUGAGAAACAGCGGGAGACCAAGAAACAUCUGUUUGGAGGGCAGUCUCAGAAGGCCGUGCAGCCUCCACACCUUUUCCUUUGGCUGAUGAAACUCAAAAACAUGCUUCUUGCCAAGUUUAGCUUUUACUUUCAUGAGGCUCUGAGCCGACAAACGACUGCUUCAGAAAUGAAAACGUUGACAGCAAAAGCUAACCCAGACUUUUUUGGAAAGAUUUCCAGCUUCAUCAGAAAAUAUGAUGCUGCCAAUGUGUCCUUAAUUUUUGACAACAGAGGUUCUGAGAGUUUUCAGGGUCAUGGUUAUCACCACCCCCAUUCCUACAGAGAGGCCCCUAAGGGUGUGGACCAGUAUCCAGCUGUAGUGUCUCUGCCCAGCGACAGGCCAGUCAUGCACUGGCCCAAUGUCAUCAUGAUCAUGACGGACCGCACAUCUGAUCUGAACAGCUUGGAAAAAGUGGUCCACUUCUAUGACGACAAAGUUCAGAGUACCUACUUCCUAACCCGCCCGGAACCUCACUUUACCAUUGUUGUCAUUUUUGAGUCAAAGAAAUCUGAGAGAGACUCCCACUUUAUUUCCUUCCUCAAUGAGCUCUCACUUGCCCUUAAGAACCCCAAAGUGUUUGCAAGUCUGAAACCUGGAUCCAAAGCCAGAAUACAUCUACAAAGAGAAAUUCACCUCCAACUAUUUAGUACCUUGAAGUACAGUUCAUAUGGAAUGGAUGGAUAAGUCUUUGAUUCUUUUGCUUUUCUUUAUUUUAUUUAUUUAUUUAUUUUUGGGGAUGGAGUUUUGCUCGCUCUUGUUGCCCAGGCUGGAGUGCAAUGGCACGAUCUCAGCUCACCACAAUCUCCGCCUCCAGGGUUCAAGUGAUUCUCCUGCCUCAGCCUCCUGAAUAGCUGGGACUACAGGCACGCGCCACCACGCCCAGCUAAUUUUUGUAUUUUUAGUAGAGUUGGGGUUUCACUGUGUUGGCCAGGAUGGUCUCCAUCUCUUGACCUCAUGAUCCCCUUGCCUCAGCCUCCCAAAGUGCUGGGAUUACAGGCAUGAGUCACCGUGCCUGGCCUUUAUUUAUUUUUACUAGUUCUUAACAUAUUGAGUUAGUUCCUUAGCAUCUUCCAGACACUGGGGAGUUUUAAAAGAAAUGUAUAUGAAUUUAUAAGGAUUUCUGCCUCUUAAGUUUAACCCUGAAUUUGAAAUAAAGCAGUCAUUUUCUCCCUGACCACAGGAUUUUUUUUUUUUUUUGGUAAAUAUUAUGACUUUCCCUUAUUCCUUCCUCAUGGUUAAUUUUCUCUCUUAAUUACUGUUGAUUAUUUUCCUCCACAUUUUUUCCUCUCCCUCUCCCUCUAUCUCUCUUCCUCCCUCUUUCUUUCUUUUCCUCUCUCACUUCCUUCCUUCUCUCCCUCCCAUCCUCUCUUACCUUUUUCUUCUCCAUCGCCCAGGCUGGAGUGCAGCAGCACAAUCUCUGCUCACUGCAACCUUCGCCUCCUGGUUCAAGCAAUUCUCGUGCCUCAGCCUCCUGAGUAGCUGGGAUUACAGGCACGUGCCACCAUGCCUGGCUAAUUUUUGUAUGUUUAAUAGAGACGGGGUUUCACCAUGUUGGCCAGGCUAGUCUCGAACUCCUGACCUCAGGUGAUCUGCCCACCUAGGCCUCCCAAGUGCUGGGAUUACAGGCAUGAGCCACUGUGCCCAGCCCCAUCCUCUCUUACCUUAGUUUCUGAUUUCUUUCUCAUGGAUUCUGCUUUAGCCACCUUUCUUCCCAUGCCUCUGAGAUCCAGGACAUACACCAGUAAUCUCUGACCCAGUUUUGGGAAACAGCAUCUGAAAGUAUUCAUUUUGAUUGUUUUUAUAACCGGUUACUUUUUUUCGGGCAGCGAGGAAGGAAUACAUAGGGGGGAAAGGUCAGUGUUGGUACUAAUCGGGUGACUACAAUUAGUCCUAGCCACUUCAUGAACACACAAGGCCUUUGGCCAACGGCGGCCAAGCAUUGCUUGCUCUAUGUAUUUGGCAGGUUAUUUGGCAGGAAAAGUUACUCAAAACUAAAAUCUUUUCAAGUGUAUUUUUACUAUGUGAUUUUUUAUUAUUAUGUAAAAGAUCACUUUUAGUGUAUUUGCACUAAUUAUUGUAUAAAAGCAUUAAAUUAGCCUCUAUUUUUUUCGAGUAAAAAUGUAAGAAAACUAGAUUUUUUUUUCUCCUGAGAAACAAAAAUUAUGCUAUGUGACUCCCCACGAAAGCCCUGUAGGUUGAGUUUAACUUAGCAAUUUCCUCUACU